AUGCCCCAGCAAUGCACUCCAGUCGAUAUCAGUUCGCCAACGUACUUCCACAUCUUCGGCAGUGAAAUCUCAUUCAGCAUUUCACCAACUAUUCACAAUGCGGGCUUCAAACAUUAUGAUCUUCCUUUCACCUACGAUAUCCGCGAAUCGCCGAGCAUCGACGAAGUCGCAGGAUUGAUUCUCAACAAGCAAUUCGGUGGCGGAAGUGUGACUAUGCCACACAAAUUACACGUCCACAAGUACUGCACCGAGCAGACUGACACAGCCCGACUAAUCGGAGCGAUCAAUACACUUGUGAUCAAAGGCAGUGGUGAGAAUCGCGCGAUUAUUGGCGACAAUACCGAUUGGUCCGGACUACACACGAUCAUUGCCAAUUAUUCGACAAAGACAAGGCAACAGCCAAAUGUUGGACUAGUCAUCGGUGCCGGAGGCGCAUCCAGAGCUGCAUUGUACUCCAUGCAUAGAGCUGGCAUCCGACACAUCUACAUCAUCAAUCGUACAGUGUCAGUGUCCGAGAAAGUGAAGAAGGAUUUUGCUUCCACUGUGAAUGUCACCAUUCUUCCAAAUCUGCAGAAUCUACCUCGCAUGCCCGAUGUCAUCAUUGGCACUGUUCCUGCUCACGUAACAAUCGAAGAUCAAUUUGCCUCGAUUUUCGGGCCCCGAGGUCUUUGCAUUGAGAUGUCUUACAAGCCCAGACAGACACCACUUUUGAAUGUGGCACAAAGACAUGAGGGCUGGGAAAUCGUUACUGGAGUCGAGGUACUUCUCUCCCAGGCAUACGACCAAUUCCAACUUUGGACUGGUCGUGAGCCACCGAAGGAGAAGAUGGUGGAGGCUGUUGCUGAGCAUGAGCGAGAGCAAGCACGAAAGGAAAAGAACGCAAUGCGAUAG